AUGACCGAACCAAAUGAAGAUCAAGAAUACUCGAUAGUUUCCACCGCACCACAAAGUCCAACCGACGAAUACAGCGAUGAAUCAUUGUAUAGCACACCAAAACGUAUGAGCGAGAUAUUCGAUAUCAAGGAUGGUUCCUCCAAGAGAUAUACCACCACCUAUGACCUUCGUUGGAUAGAUUAUAGCAAAUUUUCAGGAGUGCAAGAGAAAAUAAGAAAAAUUCGUGAUAAGACCAUGAGCGAUGACACGCAGUCCACUCUGAGAAGUAGUUCGUUGAUCUUGGACAACGUAAAAAAUUCUGCCGACAAAGGGGGGUCCACCACGAAAAACGAGAACACCUCAAAUUCCGAUGAAAUCGUGGUGGAUACCGUCAAAACUAGUCCAGCGCAGAAUUCCACAGAGUUCAUUCCGCCGAAGACACACGGUGGAGUCAAAAAUAUUUCUAUUGGAAUUUCGCAGGGUUCACUUGGAAUCGACUCACGAACUCAGAUUCCAUCUAACGAGAAAAGCAACAAUGAUAAUAGUGAAGAACUGGAUAACGCAAGAACUCGAACGCCCCCAAUGACACCUCCGGUGACACCCCCGGUGACAUCGCCUCCAGGAUUGAAGAAACAAUUUGACGCGCCCACAAUAGAGAGAAAGCCGUCAAAGACCGGAGUCGGUCGAACUCUCUUGAAGCGAACGGUUGUAGUAAAACGAAAUGUCGCAACGACCAGGAAAUUCUCUAGGCGACGAAGGAUCAUGGAAGCUUCAACAACUUCAAACCCAGCAUCAAGCAAUGAUCCGACGGAUAUGGAAGCAGACUUUCUACCUCUGAAGGUGAAGGGACUUCCUUGGCUUCCCGAGCCUUCUCAUCCACCGAAACUUCUUCACGCCUCUCUCGUACCUUUGCCACAACACGCAAGGCGAUCCACUCUGCUGCAAUCAUUGGAUUCGAGGAAACCCGAUUCUAUCGUUUUGUCACAACAGAACAAGAAGCAACCGAAUGACAAAACCGUUCCUAAGGUCGGAAACCGUGCCUCGCAGAUAUUUCGACGUCAACUCUUGGAACAAAGUAUAUCAAUGUCGUUCGGAGGUCACCACCAAUCUCCGCCAAGGCGACCGAGACGUCGAAGAACAAGGAAGGGAAGUAAUGCGAAACUUGAAGAUCGAAAGCUGAGGCAAGAAAGAAGGAAGAGAGAAUCGAUUGCAAUGAAUGGUGGCGGAAGUAGCAAUUCAGAGGGCACGGCGCGAAAAGUGGACAAAGAACCAACGGGGAAGGAUAGAAUGAUCCUUCAACAGCCUAUAACCAGAAACACGAAUCAACAAUUCCUCAGGUCGCCAAGGACGAAUUCAAUCCGCCGAACGAGAAGUAUCUCUUCCCAUCGAGCUGAAAAGAAACAUGCGAGCAUAUCCAGCAGCAUAUCGGAAUCUCCUUUUCCGAGGCAUCUAUCUUCACUGAGGAAUCGGUCAUCCCGGACAUCAAAGAAAUUCGCAGUAGUAGGACCACCACCCGUCUUCUCAAUGAACCCGGGAAUAUUAUCCCCGACAGAUGAUUACAAUUUUAAUGGUCGGACAGAGGAAGAGAGAUUCACGGCGAAUAAUGUUCCUCUGUCGUCCGCAACGGACGUGACAUCACCUGCCAUAUCUCCGAGAAAACUGGGGUCCGGCUUUUUCAGUCUAUUCAGCAAACGUGAUCAUAGUAAACCGUCGAUAUCUGUAGUACCGUCUCCGACCACUCCCAAGUCGGCGCACCUUGGAUUCUCACCGCUAUCACCACGAUCACCGAGUGCCACCCCGUCACGAUCACCGAGUGCCACCCCGUCGCGAUCGCCGGAUGUCACCCCGUCGCGAUCACCUAAUGCCACUCCGUCGCGCUCGUUAUCACCAGUUUCACGACCCACCAGUCCGCUAAGAAAUUCCGGCGCAUUAACUUCAUCGGCCGAUCAAUUAUUAAGAUCGGGCUUUGCGCGCAACAAUUCGGAGUCUUUGAGUGCACACAAUAAAGCAUUGACAGAAUCGGAAAAGGUCGAACGACUGAGAAAGAGGCAAGACUUGGAGAACAUAAUCGCACAGACAGAAUCCGAAAGCAAAAAAAAUGGCGGAAGUAAAAUGAAGGCGUUAAGAACAGCUAUAAUAGCAACAACUACAUCAUGCACGUCGCCAGCAUUGCCGGCGAGUUGUGCGACGACUCGAUCAAGCACAGAAGAUAGAUUUGUAUCAAGAAAUUCAAACUCCCCUAGUGGUAAUCCAAUGGCAAGAACAGAUGAUCAUUUGAGUGAUGGAGGAGAUGUGGACGCGAGUUCAUCGUAUUACGAGGAAAGUUCGAGGGGUCGCAGACGCGUGACUGAAGAGAUGCGGUCGGACAAAUUCGGUUCUAAUGUUUGCAAAGAUGGCGUGGUUAUAAAGAUGACGUUGACACCGCCCCUAUUUCAAUAA